AUGUCGACUAGCAACUGGAUAUGGAGCCAGCAAUACGGGGAUUACUAUUGCGUCACAUACGACGAGUUUCAACAACCGGUGUAUCACUGGGCUAAACAGCAGGCCCAAGCGGAGACCCCCGAAGUCCCUCCCAGGCGAGACUCAGGCAAUCAAUACGAUGGCUCAAACGAUGUUCGCGCCAUGAGAGGCUUCAUCCAGGGGACGCCACAUACCGGCUGGUACGAUAACCUAGACUCGAGCUACUGCAUGAAAACCGGCAGCGAAGCUUAUCAGUUCUUCGUAGUUGGAAGAGUCUUUGCUAUGCUCUAUACCGAGGCUGCAGGUGAAACUUCGCAGGCGAACCCAUACGACGAUGCAUACACCCUCGUCCGAUUUGGCGAGCGGGUAUACACUAACAUACGUCGUUUUGUAGUGCUCAAGGUCAGAAGUGGCUUUGUCAAAGCUUGCGGGAUUGGCACCUAUUCCAAUCGGGGCGCCCGUAAAGGUGGUUGCAGACCAUCCGAGCAUGCAAUCGUAUAUCUCCAGGGCACAGAUCCGGCUUCCUGUUAUCUCGAAGGAGAAAGAGAAAGCGGGAUGACCAAGGAAGCGAUAGAGAUCAUACCAGUUGAUCGCUCCAUCAAACUCCGAAGCAAUUCCCGCAUACGUUUCGGCAAGACGUAUCCUAUCGAGCAGAAUGUCAAGGUCAAAGACAUUGGCCACAUUCAUCCGAGUCACGUCGGCAAACUUCUUCAGUACUGGAAGGAUGAAGACUAA